UGCCGAGACAUUUGGCGGGAAAAGGGCGGCCCGCGCUGUCGCAAAAGUCGAAGGCGGAAUUCUGAUCGAUAACAAAUAAACGACCGUGGGGGUUCUUUUAUUUAUUUAGAUUCCUUCGAUUGUCCGAUGGAUCUGAGCGCAUUCGAGUCGGACAACACCGGCAGCUGCCGCGUCUCGUCCCCCGUGCCGGUGUCCUGCCUCACGGAGCCCGUGGCGCUCGGCGUGGACGAGGCGGGACGGGGGCCCGUGCUGGGACCCAUGGUUUAUGGAAUAUGCUACUGUCUUGUCUCUAAGAAGUCUGCACUUGAAAAGAUCAAAGUUGCAGACUCUAAGACAUUGUCCGAGAAAGAGAGGGAGCAACUCUUUGAGCAACUGAAUGGGGAGGCGAGCAGUUUCGUCGGUUGGGCCCUUCAGAUUCUCUCCCCAAACUACAUCUCAACCUGCAUGCAGAGACGGACUAAAUACAACCUCAAUGCUCUGUCUCACGACGCGGCCAUCGACCUGAUCCAACACGCGAUUGACACGGGAGUCAAUGUGCAGGAGGUGUUUGUGGACACAGUAGGCCCUGCUGACAAAUACCAGCAGAAGCUGUCUGCUCGUUUUCCAGGCAUCUCCGUCACAGUCUCUGCCAAAGCGGACGCCCUCUUCCCUGUGGUCAGCGCGGCCAGCAUCUGUGCCAAGGUGGCCCGCGAUCGCUGCGUCUCGCGCUGGAAGUUUGUAGAGAAUCUUGAUGACGCGGCUGCUUCUGUGGCUGCCGAUGUGGGGUCCGGCUACCCCAACGACCCCAAGACGAAGUCGUGGCUGCGUUCGCACUGCGACCCCGUGUUCGGCUUCCCUCAGCUCGUGCGAUUCAGUUGGAGCACAGCCACCACCCUCCUGCAGGAACUCGCCACUCCGGUCACUUGGGAUGACGAUGAAGACGGUGAAGGUGGAGAUUUAUCCACGCCUUCUGUGAUGUCGUUUUUUUCAAAAAAGAAUCAAGCGUCAACGCCAGAAACCCAUCGAUACUUCCGAGACCGAAGCCUUGUUCCGUUCAGCGACAUUUAACAGAGCCGACAAAACAUCCAAUUCAAGUUUCUUUAUUUGACCAAACGAGAGCCCAUUCAAGAUCCCUUUUCACUUGAAAUUGAUAUGCUUCAACCAAGUAACAGCCUAUUUAGAUUUACUAUUUACACACACACAUAAAUGUGAAUAACAAAGUGUCCCCCUGCUCAAACAAGUGUAGGCUGUCGCUCAUCUCAAUUUGGAGGCCUGAACCACAGGUGAACAUUCCACAUUUUCAUGGCAGGGGCCAGUAUCUCCACCGGAUGACCACUGUUGACUUGACACUUGGGAGUAAUCAUCUAGAGUCAGUCAUCAACACCAAAGACUGGAGUCCAACCUCUGACUGCUUCUUAAGCAAUUGGGAGGUGACUGACCGGGCUUGGCCAACCUUUAGGUCCAUCGAGUAAAAAAUGUGUAGUGCUCAAUUAUUUAAAGUGGAGGACUCUGGUGAUAAAUGAGAGAGGGAGAAUGAGAAUUGUAGAAUUUGUAAAAGAACAAUAAAAUGUAUCAAUAAGA